CAAAGACUGACAUUUGGCUCCACCAAUAACAGAUUGUAAAAUCGCGUUUUUGUCGUCUUCCUCUCCCUGCAUUUAUUUAGUCCGGAAGUGUUUUCUUUGGAGUCCAAAACACCAUAAAGAAUAUUUUACCUGAAUUGUUGCCAAUUUCACAUUAUUGUGCCCUGAAAUUUUAACGCUAUACCCGUCCGUGUGUUGCACGCGUGGAUUAUGAGAGCACCAUUCGGAGGGGGGAGCACAGCGUGAACUGUUGUGAAACCUAGACCUGACCAGACCAAAUCUAAACCAAUCAUGGACGUCUAGAUGUUUGGGCCAAAUGAAGGCUGGUCCAGAUAUCUCUGCACGUUGAAAUCAAGACAAGGGCAGACUGACCAAAUUUCAACUACUUUUCAACGUCCAUGGACGUCCGGUGUCGGUCGGUGUUCGGUGGGUGAGGAUGCCGGUUACAGUAAAUGGAAAGACUGGGCUCAUGGAGUCUCCGUGAGUCAUCUAUAUGGGCCAUCUUCUCUCGAAAAAUGGUUACCGCCUGAACAAGAGGACACGCAAGCUGCACCACAGGAAGAAGAAGAAGAGGAACUGCUUCCUGCAGGGGCCCUGCAUGCUCUGCUUCAUCGUCCACGGCAACAGCGGGGGCCUCGACGACGACGACAGCGACCAAUUGGAGACCGGGGUCAACGGCGGAGGCAGAGGACGUUGUCACAGCAACGCAGGUGGUACCGGAAUCGGAAGCACCUCAAAGCUCGCGGGGCGGUACGCUGCUCUCACUUCCCCUGAGGACUGUGCCAAGUUCCUGCUGUCGCCAAGGGAACUAGCCAUCUGGGAGGGCCAAGGGAGGAGUCUACUGUCGGCCGUGCCGGCUAAGUUGAUUCCACCGCCAGCGCUGUUCCGGAGUGCAGGGAUUCCAGUGCCCAUAGCUGUGGCUGUUUCUGUGCCUGGUAGUGCCAGUGACUACGCUGAGAUGGUGUGUAAGAGGAAGUGUGCGGAGGUGCAGAGGUGCACACCCUGUAAGCAGCCGCGAUGUGCCUUCCCUGUCCCUGAGGGAGGUGUGGAGGAUGGAGGAGGAGGAGGAGGAAGUGGGGAUGCCUCCUCUAACUCCGGGACUGGACACUGCCACCUCUGCCCCCUGCCCUCAUCCUCUUCCUCCUCAUCCUCGUCUGUCGAGGGCUGCUGUGGGAUGGCGCUCCAUGGUGAUCCGCUGCCCCAGAGUUCUGACUCCUCCCCCUGCUGUCUGCAUCACCUUGACGACUGCCAGGGGAGAGGCAGUGACGUGAUUGACACAUCCAGCAUCAACCGCCUCCCCUCCUCCAUCCUGCUUAAGGUGUUCUCCCACCUGUCGGUGAAAGAGCGCUGUCUGUGUGCCUCGCUGGUCUGUAAGUACUGGAGGGACCUCUGCUUAGACUUCCAGUUCUGGAAGCAAAUUGACCUCAGUGGCCUACAACAAGUAAAUGAUGACCUCCUGGUGAAGAUAGCGUCUCGGAGGCAGAAUGUGACGGAGUUAAACAUCUCUGACUGUCGUGGCGUGCAGGACCACGGUGUGUGUUCCCUGGCGGCCCACUGCCCGGGCCUUCAGAGGUACACAGCUUACCGCUGUAAACAGCUGAGUGACCUGUCCCUCAGCUCCCUGGCCUCACACUGUCCUCUGCUGGCCAAGGUCCAUGUUGGAAACCAGGACAAACUGACAGACGACGCACUCAAAAAGUUAGGAGAACACAGUUCAGAGUUGAAGGACAUCCACCUGGGCCAGUGCUACAGUAUUACUGAUGAGGGAAUGGUGGCUCUGUCCAAGGGAUGUCCCAAGCUGCAGAGAAUCUACAUGCAGGAGAACAAACUGGUGACUGAUAAGUCGGUGAGGGCGUUUGCCGAGCACUGUCCUGAGCUGCAGUUUGUGGGCUUCAUGGGCUGCUCUGUGACAUCACUGGGAGUCAUCCAUCUUACUGGGCUGCGUAACCUGAGCAGCCUGGACCUGCGGCACAUCUCCGAGCUCAACAACGAGACCGUGAUGGAGGUGGUCCGGAAGUGUAGGAACCUCAGCUCCCUCAACCUCUGUCUCAACUGGAGCAUCAACGACAGGUGUGUGGAGAUCAUCGCCAAGGAGGGGAGGAGCCUCAAAGAACUCUACCUGGUCUCCUGCAAGAUCACAGACCACGCUCUGAUAGCGAUUGGCCAGUACAGCAGCACCAUAGAGACAGUGGAUGCAGGCUGGUGUAAAGAGAUCACUGACCAGGGAGCUACGCAGAUUGCCAGAAGCAGCAAGUCACUACGAUACCUGGGCCUCAUGAGGUGUGACAAGGUGAACGAGGAGACUGUGGAGAGGCUGGUGGUGCAGUACCCUCACAUCGUGUUCAGUACGGUGAUGCAGGACUGCAAGAGAACCCUGGAGAGAGCCUAUCAGAUGGGCUGGAGCCCCAACACAUCCAACGCCUCAUAGCCACCGCUGUAGCCCCCCCCCUCUACGCACACACACACACACACACGCAUGCGUAUACAUUGCCGCACACACUGACAUAGGCGUGUGCACAGUCAAAGUGAAAACUCACCACAUGGCCAAUCAUGUUUACUUCAAACAUACUACUACAAACACUUAGUAAUACCUUCACACUCAUUUAAACAAACCGGUUGAUCCACAUUUUCACCUUCUGGAAAGAUGUCUGUAGUUUUGGGUUGUUUUUAUUUUUAUAGAUGUAUUUUAUUUUAUCUAUGGACCUUUUUGGAUUCCAUUGUAGUUCAGUCAUAAGUCAUAGACAAAUCAUACUGUACAUCACUGUAUACCUCUGUCUUAGGCUUGUGUAUCAAAGAACUUUAUUGCCCAUAGUGCACUUCUUUUGACCAGAGCCCUAUGUGGCUGUAGUCAAAACUAGUGCUACAGUGCAUGGUGAUAGGGUGUCAUUUGAGGGUUGACUUUUGCUGUGCUGGCAGUUUUGUGAGCCUUACAUUUCCCCCUGACUCCAGUCUGGAUGCAAUAGCAGACUUGCGGAUAUGGAGUAGCGACUGAAAACAAGGAAACAUUGUUCUAAACAUGUUAAAAAAACAUUAUACUCUGGUCUCGUUGACCAUUAGGGCUACAUGUUUUGAUCACUGUGAAGUCAAUGUCGUUUCAUACUGGACGUGUUUCUACCUUUUCUGUUGGAUGUUCAUACGUGUGUCGUGUUUCUAAGGCCCCGAGGGUUCUCUGAUCAUGUGACCCGAUCAGGAAAAACUCCCGGUCCAAGAUAUAGGCUAGUUUUUCCCUGGUGAGCUCAAAUGGGCAGGGUAAACUCCCGACCUAAUAUGAGGUUCCCGAUAUGGAACUAAGCCCCAUCUGAUGGACCAUAGCUAUGUCUCCCUGAUAAAAUGCUACAGGUGAGAGAUUCAAUCCAGCUGCACGGGAGAACUGCAAGGAAAUUUUGUUCCGGCUCACUAAAAAUGUAUAUUUUCAUUCCGAAUCUUAAUAUGCUCUUGUUUCAUCUAGUAAAUGUCAUGUCAUUCACACAGUUGAUGGACAUUUGUGUGGCACGGGAGCAGUGUUGGAUAUUGGUUUGUGCAGUUCAGGUUUCAUUGAAUGCCAUCCCUAAUCAUGGUUACUGUCACAGUACUCCGUGGGCUCAACAUAGAAGUUGCAACCCUGGACCUAUAGCAGAUGAUCCUAACCCUUAUCCCAACCUUUAACCAUCAGGGAGGUGAAUCAAUAUCUGACUCUGGACCAGUGGUCAGGGGCAAAGUCAGCCUGUCCAGAACGGCUCAGCAUGUUCCCAAGGAGUAGUUUCUCAGCACUGAACACGAGUAAAUCAGAGAAACUCUCUACUUUCACUGAUGGAAACCUACACUUUUAAAGUCAUCCUCGUAAAAUGCUAUUUGUUUCUCAAUGACUUAUCUGGCCGAAGAAAUGUUCGAUACUUCAACUCUUCUGACAGAAACAUUGUCUUGAAGAUGUCUGUAGUUGUUCUUAAUGUCAACAAAAAAAAAGGUAAGAAAACAUUUUACGUAGAUGGGUCUGUCUUUCUCUGAUAUUGUUUUUUUUUUUUUAUCUUUCUCUCAGUUGAAGAUGAUGUUGUAUACUGUACCAUUAGUAUGGUGUAAUAAUCAAUGGUUUGGGAUUGUGCUCGACUGUAUGAGAAUUUGAGUGAUUUCCACAGUAUGUAUACUCGACUAUAGGAUUAUACUUAGCCCACAAUAUUGGUUUUGUUUGAGCAUAUAUUUUCAGAAUUAGUUGUGUGGCCAUGCAUUUACAGUAUAUCUUUGUUAGCAAUAGGAUCUAAGAUACUGGCUCAGAACGUAUAAUCAUGCCCUUUAUGGAAAUAAUAGGUGAGCUCUCUCUCUCUCCCUCCCUCUCUCGUUCCUCGUCUGUCAAUGGUAUGUUCAUUAAGCAAAUAACCAGGGUAUUUUUCUAUGGUGAAAACCAACUGGAAUCAUUUUUUUUAGAUGCUGUCACUCGACUGUAUACACUAGUAGUUUUCUGAACUUAGUAUAGGAAGUAGCACUGUAAUAUUUUUUACAGAAACGUAGAGAUUAGAGACAAUUAAGAACACAUCCCUUGUCAGGACUUGUUGACUUCAGAUCGAGUCCUCGUUCCCCCACCAGUUUUUUGUUUGUUUUGUAAUCUCAACAUUAACUUUCUUUUUCUCUGCUUGAUGUUGGCACUCUUGAUCCCUGAUUUGUUAAAGCAAUCAGUAAACAACUGGAUUUACAUACAGAUGAAUAAAACACUACUACUUAAAAGCG